AAUAGUGGUCACGUGAAGGGGAGGGGCCCGGUGUGUUGUUAGUGUAUGGAAGGCAUGUAAAUGAUUGGGGGGUAACAGGCAGAGAGUUCCAGGCUCCACAGCGGCAUAAGAGGAGGGAUCAGCGAUAUUGGCGCACUGCAACCAUGAAGGCCAGCUCCACUGUUCCGAAAUUCCUCACAAAGAUCUGGGCUCUGGUGGAGGACCCCAGGAACAGCGAGUACAUCUGCUGGAGCCAAGAUGGAAACAGCUUCAUCGUGUUGGAUGAAGAAAGAUUUGCUAAAGAAAUCCUGCCUAGACAUUUCAAACAUAACAACAUGGCAAGUUUUGUGAGACAGCUGAACUGGUAUGGCUUCCAUAAAGUUUUGCAGGAUGACACUGGUGCAUCCAGGCAUGAUAAAUAUUGUUCAGGCAGAUACCAGCAUCACUUUUUCAAGCGUGGCCAUGAAGAGCUACUGAUAAAGAUAAAACGGAAGGUAACGACAAGUACGGGAGAAAAGCGGGUGAUCCGAAAGCCGAAGGUUUCUGUUCCACGUAUUCAGGAAGGUAAAAAUGGGCCAGAUGACAUGCAGAAAAUAUUAACCUUUCUCCAUCAGCUGCAAGCAAGACAAGAUAUCCUUGAUACAGCUGUUGAAUCUCUGAAGAGGGAAAAUGAGGCCUUAUGGAAGGAGGUCCUACAGUUAAGACCAGCACAGCCGCAGUUUGAAACUGUUACAGCUUCCCAGUCUUUUGAACAGAUGGCCACUUUGCAAACAACCCAGCCACUUAUGAUUGAUAGCACCGGAAACUACAACCAACUGGCAAUGUCUAAAACGCCUCAAAAUGCUGAUCAGGCGUAUGACAACCGAUCAGCAUGGACUAUUGACAGGAAAUCGAGCAGGGGCACCAAGCGAUCUUUGAGAGAAGACCCUGACAGCUCCACAGAGGAGCCCAGUAAUGAAAUGUUGAAAAUUUCUAUACCCCAUGACUAUGAAAGUUAUCAGACAGAUGAAUCUGAUGAUCUCUCUGACUUAUCAUCCUGUGAAAGUGAAGAAAUGGUCAAUGAGGAAUCUGCCUCCAACCACAGCCACUCAUUCUCAAAGGCAGCUGAUAAACAGCAAGUAACGCGCAAGAGAAUGAAAAAUGGCACAGACAAACAUAUUGUGGUGACGAAGCACAGAGUGGAAUACAGUGACUCCGAGGAAGAAGAGGAACACAAGAAUUACUAUGAGGAAUCUGGCUCUAUGAAGAAGACAGAUAAAACAUGCAGACUAUCUUGUGCCAAAAUUGGACGAAUGCUUAAACGAAUUCAUCGGGAAAAUACUUUGCUGAAUGAGAAGGUUCUACAUGUGGAGCAGCAGUCUUAUCAGAAACUUUCUGAAAUCUCAACAGUAUUGACCAGUUUAGCUAACUACAUGAUGAUACAAAAUUCUCAAAAACCUGGACGUCCAGCUACUUUGGAUACCCCACGAAACCAGCCAAAUGAAAAGUAUAAUUCCCAGAGACAUAAUCACGGAUUGUGGUCUGACGCAACUAAGAAAGAGUAUGACUCGUAGCUUCCAUUUUAGACAUAUGUGACUAUACAUGAAUUGGACAUAAUCAAUAUGUGUCACGGUAGGCACCGUGUAAGUCUUUUAGCUGUAUCUAGUAGUAGUGAUUUUAAACUUGCCAGAGAGCCAGCUUUCGGUGGAUUGAAAGGCAAAAGUUACUUUUAGUCAAGAGAAUUGAGACGUUACAUAAAAUGUCACAAGAAAAAGGUUUAUCCUUCAGUGUUAGUCAUCACUGUGGAGGGAUGUCAUUGGACAAGUGCAGAAGACGGUAUGGCUGAAAAGUUCUUCCACAAUGAAAUCUUGUAAGUCCUGCGUAUAUGAAAAAUUGGGAAGUGCGCAAUAGUCCAGUGUUAAAAGUAGAAUACCAGUCAGCAAAAAACUGAAGACCUGGUAGAACACAAAUUAAGCAGGAUGAAGCCAAAACUCUACUUAGAAGUGGACGACCCUGGCCUUCUGAAGUUCUUCCCAUGAGAUCUGCCCUUGUUGUUUUUAAUGUUCUGAUAAUCUGGACCAUGUCUGGUCCCAUUCAUGCAUGAUUAUCAGGGUUUUACUGUAUUCACAUGCGUCAAAUCAGACUGUCCUAUAGUGGAUGUUUUACAAUGCUUUCCUACACAGUAGUAAAGUUUUUAUUUUGUCAUUUCUUAGUUCUUUCAUGACUUUUUAGGUUUGCAGCAGAGCUUAGACUUAAAAGAUCGCAUUAGUUACAUAAUAGAUAAAAGUAUGCACUGGACAAUAUGUCUGUGUGAUACUAUUGUUUAUCACUGCUUAUUUGAUGCAUAUUAUGUAGCUCUAUUGGUUCUGUGGUUGCUUUCUAAAAACUAUGCCCAUAAAAGUGUUUUUAUUAUCCGA